UGUCAUGUUCUGAUACAGGGCACAGACCAACAGCGACCUAAAACAGCAGGAUGGAAAUAGGACAGAAAGUCCAUUUCAACAUUGUAUGUUCUAAUGAGAAACAGAAAACUGUGGAAAAUACAUUGAAGAUGACGAAUCCUAAAAUCGGGCAGCCUAAAUCUAGUGUGGGGGCUGUUCCGUCUCUAUGAUUGGCUAUUUAGGUUUCGGCGAACCUGUUUCACAUUUAAUUUAUCUGGGCUUUCCUCGUAGCAAACGAGCUUCGUAAUGUUAGUGGAGUUUGUGGGCUGUUUUAUGCAGGCAGCCUCAACCAGUGAAGUUGCAGAGUUUUUGCUCGUGUCAAACAAACAUGCGGGACAUGAAUGUGUUUGAGCGCUCCUCCGUGUUCGCCGUGGAGAUGAUGAUGGAGGUGUUUGAUCGGACUCCCACGGAGAAACAGCUCGUCUCCCAGUCCAAGGAACUUUGUAGAGACUUCAUUCACUCCAGAAUAAUAAGGGAAGGACUAAUAAGGCGGUCAAAAGUCGAGUCUGAUCUACCCGAGUCACACGGGGCUCUUGUAGAUGUAUCUGUGGUGCUGCUAAAACUGGGUGAUGAACUGGAGUGUAUGCGUCCGUAUGUGUACCGUAAUAUUGCAAAGCAGCUGAACAUCAGUGUAGCUGUGGAGCCGGUGGUGUCACAUGCGUUCCUCUCUGUAGCAACAGAGAUCCUCAUCAUGGGGAUCACAUGGGGCAAGGUGGUGGCCAUCUUUGCUGUAGCAGCUGGGCUGGCAGUGGACUGUGUGCGUCAGGGCCAUCCAGUCAUGGUGCACACUAUAGUGGACAGUCUGGGUGAGUUUGUGCGAAGGAACCUGGUCCCAUGGCUCAAAAAGAGAGGAGGAUGGGGGGACAUUUUAAAAUGUGUGGUGGACAUGGACCCUAGAGCUCGUUCCCACUGGUUAUCAACCGCUGUGUUCACAUGGAGGCAAUUCCUAAAGACCAUGUACAUCUACCUGACGAAGUAGUCUUGUGCAGGAAAUCAUCUAGUUGACUGAGCACUGAAUCCCAGAACUAUCUGAAUGGUCCAUUGAGUGAGAGCAAAUAGCCCCUUAAAAAGGUCCUAGCACUUCACCCAGGUUCAACUGCCUUAAUUUUCUUUUACCCGUUAUGAUUUCUUUAAAAUAUACCAUGUAUAGAGUGUAACGCAUACUAUGACCUGACAGGAGGGGAGGGCACUGUGAGGGAAUAUGUGCUAUAUUCGUCGCUGGAGCUACAUAAUAUUUGUCUUCCUUGGUUUAAAAUGGAGCUCCUUUUGCGCUGACACACGGAGUGGGUUCAUUACACUGAGAUUUUAUACUGAAUGUCUGUGGUGAUGAGAGAAACAUUUUAAUGUUGGUCUAUCUUCAGUUAUUUAUUUAUACAAAAUUGCUGAAAAUGAUGUUUGGAGUGUCGCUUCGCACUUUCAGUUUGUACAGUUUUUGUGGUGUGUGUGAAAUACUGUUGUCACCAUCUUAAAAUAAAGAUUUUAAUGUUUGAA